AUGGGAGAUUAUGAUGAUGUUACUGCCUUCCUGGGACAGAAAGGACCUUAUUUCUAUAGGACUUUCUUUCUUCUGAAUACAAUUUUCAUCUCCACUGGAUUCUUUGGGCUGUUCAUUGUAUUUGUUGGAGCAACUCCCCCGCACAACUGUUUUAUCCCGGACUCGGGCAACCUGAGCCAGGCAUGGAGGAAUGCCAUCAUUCCCAUAGUGGUGGUGAAUGGACAGCAGGAGGAGAGUAAGUGCAGCAGAUACAGGCUGGAUGUGGUCAGAAACCUGUCUGCUCUGGGCUACAUCCCCGGCCUGGACGUCAACCUCACUGGAGUGGAGCAGGAGCGCUGUGUGGAUGGAUGGAGCUACAGCAAAGAUAUAUACCAGUCCACCAUAGUCACUGAGGUGAGUGUAUGUUGCCAAGGGCAGUCAUGUGUCACAAACAUUUGGCCAUGAAUUAGUGAAUUGGUUGUACUACACAGAGUAUGUUCCUUGCUUAGAUAAUUACCAGAAUCAUGAAUAUCUAAUCAAACACGCAUGCCACUCUGAUAUUUGAUUUGGAAUUACAGUAUUGGGUAUUGUUGAGUGAUCAAUGUCACUGGGGAGGUGUUAAUGGCUUUGGUAAUUGCCUGAAACUUCCAUUGGCAUCAGUGAAAUGUGCCCAUGUAGCAACCAUUCCCAGCUCCUGUCCUUCUCUUACACUUUGGGGGCAAAUUCAAUGUUGUUUUUCAGUAUGGGUUUGUUACUGGAGCCUUCUGCUGUCACGGGUGCUGUCACUUUAGGAAUAAUGUGUUUAUUUUCCUGCAGUGGGACCUUGUAUGUGACAAUGAGUGGAAAACUCCUUUUGCCUCGUCAACUCUUUUCGUGGGUUUCCUGAUUGGAUCCCUGGUGUCUGGCCAGCUUUCUGACAGGUACUGUUUCUCCCUGCAAUCACUAUGCUCCGCCCUCUACCUGUAGAUUUCAUGUGGAAAGUCAUACAUUAUCUGUCAACUCUGCCGACUAAACAGCUGUCCUAUGACUGUAGCGCCCUCUGCUGUCAAAUUAUAGACUUGUCUUACGUCGACAACCCUAUUCAAUCAAAACUGGUAACCUGAUCAUUAGGAACUGGUAACCGGAUUGAUUGUGUCGGAUUCAUUUGUUAAAUUGUUUUCUCUAUGAAAUGUUUGUUUCACUUAACACUAUUUUCUUUUCCAUUUAGGUUUGGGAGGAAGAAAGUUAUUUUCGGCUCUCUUGCUGCCCAGUUGGUCUCUGUGCUCAUUCAGGCCUUCUCUCCCUCAUGGGAGGUUUUCUGCAUUUUGUUCAUGUUUGUUGGGGCCUCUCAGAUAUCCCUCUAUAUAAGUGCAUUUGUACUGGGUAAGCAUGGACAUUAACUCAUUUUAUACAAACAUAAACUCUUAUAUUCUAUUAAAUUAAUUGAAUAACUUGUAGCAAUGUAACGGUGACCAUGAUCAUGAACACAGACCACAGUCAACUUUAAUUAGCUGCCCGUAAAGUAAAUGCCAUAAAACCCUGUUAUCAUUUUAAAGUUAUGCUAGGCAUUGCUUCCGUCACUAAAGGUGUUUCCUUCGAGCAGCAUGCCUACAGAAUGGCUGGUAGUGAAUGUAUCAGUAGCCAUUACAAACCUCAGUGAAAUUAGCUUGAUGUUUGAUUAUUUGUUGGACUUUUGUGUCAAGUAAUAUUCAUAUAACAAAUGGCAGCAUGUAGAAAUCUCAGAUCACAUAUACCGAAUUUGGAGUAAAACCAUGUGACUUUAAAUGUCCUGUUCAUUUGUUUAUUAGCCCAUUUAUGGUUGUGGAAUAGCUGGACUACUCUAACAAGGCUUAAUAUCUGAUUAAGGUUUAAAAAUUGAACAAUAGAGGAGAGAGUGGACGUCCUUGUUGUACCCAUUGACACAUUUUCCCAAUUUUUGAUGGUUUGUUUACACUAUGACCUCAUCUAUGACUAUUUACUUUUAAAAGAUGCCAAAGAUGGGGUUCUUUUUAGUUAAAUUGUUUAGCUAAAUUAUAGACAAAACUUGAUCCCAGCAGGCAUUUCAAAAACAUCUAAAUAAUAAUUGAAUAUAAAUUCUCUUCAACAGGAACAGAGGUGUUGAGUAAGUCCAUGCGUGAAGUUUUCACUACUCUGGGGGCUUUUCUGCACUACUGUAUCGGCUACAUGACACUGCCCUGGAUCGCGUACGCAAUGAGGGAAUGGAGAACACUUCUCAUAAUCCUGUCCAGUGUGCCCGUAGUGUAUAUCCCAUUGUGGUGGUAUGUUCUCAGUAAAAAUCGUAUGUUUUAAUCUUCUGUAUGUCUAAAGAAGCAUUUAUACAACUAAACCAAAACUAUAAAUGCCCAUAAAAAUACAAGCACUGUUACUCACCUCACUACAAACACUGUUUAUGUCAGGUUCAUCCCAGAGUCUCCACGAUGGUUAUACUCUCAGGGAAGAGUGGAGGAGGCAGAGGCCAUACUGAGAGACGCUGCCAGGAGGAACAGAGUCACAGCACCAGAGGUCAUCUUCAAAGACACCGAGGUGAGUUUCAGCAUUUGUGUUUGUGAAAUAAAUUCAGUUCAGUAAUUCAGCCUAUAAGAAAGAAACAACAUGGCCUAAAGAGCAUCUCUGUAGCCCAUUUAUACCUGGUGCUAACAAGCGCCUUUUGUCCCGAUCUUGUCGACAUUCUGAUUGUGCCCACAUUUUUAGACAGGUGUAGACAAUCAAAGGACACGUUGUGAUCUGAUUGUGAUCAGAUCUUCCUGACCACCUCCGGAGGUAGUCAGGCACACAUUAUGUCUGGAUAUCUUACAAGUGUAGACAGAUCUGGACACUGAAACCAUUUAAAUCAUCGAUAUAGCCGCCCUCUAAAACCAUUGACAGGUGGCACCAUUGACUAAUGGCAUCAAUGUGUCAAAAUAAAUAUUUUAUUAUAUUAGGAAUACCUGUCAAAUAACUUGCAUACAAGAAGGCACCAGGAAAUCUGGUCACAAUGAGGACAUAGUGGAUGGAUAAGAGAUACAGUUUAAUACCAUGUGUAGAUGCGUCUGAAAAUGUGGGCACAAAUCAGAAUGUGGACAAGAUCAGGGCACAUAUUAGAACCAGGUAUACACGAGGCUCAUUACUGUACUUAAUGGAUGCUUAUUUCAUAAUUUCAGCAGUUGGACGUAGCAUUGGCACCGAAAAAGAAAUAUAGCAUGAUUGACGUUCUGAGAACCAGCAACAUAAGAUGUGUCACAUUGAUGUGUUUGUUUUUAUGGUGAGUUUCUAUUCUAUCAGAGAUAAUAAUAAUAAUAAUAAUAAUAAUAAUAAUAAUAAUAAUAAUAAUAAUAGAUUGGAUGUAUAUCAUAUUAGGUUAUCGAUAUAGGUUAUAGCAUAAUGUUUAGGUUUGAAGCACUUCGGCACAUACACACACACAGACCCACUAUACUACAGUCAAUAAUUUGUAAUGAAUAAACUGGUGUUUAGUUGUGUUUUGAGUUUCAUUCAAGCUCUAUCAUCUCUAUUGUGUCUUUUCAGGAUGGCAGUAAACGUAGGAUAUUAUGGACUCUCGCUAAACACCUCCAAUCUGAAUGGAGAUCCUUAUCUAAAUUGUUUCUUAUCAGCUCUUACUGAAGUCCCAGCAUAUGUAGUAUCUACAGUGCUCCUCAGGAACUGUCCGAGAAGACCACUACUGUCAGCUUUUCUCUUAAUAGGAGGAGGAAUGCUUUUCCUGAUCCAACUCAUCCCCGAGAGUAAGACUUUGAAUUUUGAUUGUUUAAGAUUGUAUAAUCUUAUAUAAGAUCAAAUCGCUAGAUGAUAAGAGAUAAUCAAAUUAACGUAGUAUCUGGUAAUCACGUUAGAUAUGUUUUUCAACAUGUUUAGUUAUUCAUUCAUUGUAAAUCAACAAAGUGACCAGUUGAAGUUUGCUAGCAGAACUACGCCACCUUGUUUAUAGAGGCGAGGUCCUGUGAUAAAUAUAGACUGUGUGUGAAGCACAGAAAUGAGCGAACAGAGAUGUCAAUGUAAAGCUUGUUUUAUUUUAUUUAUUUAUUAGCUUCACAUAGCCUAAAUUAUUCAAUCAAUAUUCAAGGUUGAAAACAGAGAGCUCCAUACACAACAUUUAACAACAUCUUCAGUGUCAGCGCUCCUACAGAAGUCCUGCAGUGAUCCCUCACAACAAGAUACAAUGCAAUAUUAACAAUUCUAUCAACAAGCUCACAAACAGAAGUAUCAAAGUUAAGAAGAGCAUGCCCAGGGAGAAGAAGAGCGGAUCUUGGGUGAGAUGAGCACUCUUGAAGCACUUAUGAUUCGCUACCAGAACUGCUACUACUGGAAUUUGAACUACGUGCACAUUCACCCCUCCCGUUCUCCCAGGGCAUGCCAACCUGCACAUAAAUGAGAAUGGGGAAGAUCUGCUGAGCACUGGGGGCAUAUGUGGGGCAUAUGUAGGGUAACCCCCCCUCCACACACACACACACACACACACACACACACACUUCACUGUAGUGUGAUUCAAAGCCAAUAAACUUGGGCAAAUAUCAUAAAAUGUAUAGCAAAGGGCAAAGUAAAGGUUAAGAGGAUUCAUGUAUUUUUAAUCAAAUAUUUAAUAUCAAAUCUUAUUUUUCUGCUGUUCUCGUUCAUUCCCCCUCUGAAAAAAGCUUGUAUUCUCACAACUAUCUCAAAAUGUCUUUCUCUAUCCUGUAGAUCUGCAAGGUGUUGCUAUAGCUGUGGAGAUGGUCGGGAAGUUUGGCUUCACCAUGUCAUUCACCGUAGUCUACAUCUACACCGCAGAGAUCUACCCCACUGUUGUCAGGAGUGCUGGCGUCGGAAUGUGUUCUUCAGCUGCUCGGAUCGGGACUAUUGCGGCCCCAUACGUCAUCUACCUAGGUACAAUCACAGUGUUUGGUUACCAUCAGGAUUCACAUUUUUCAAUGGCAGACAUCGUACAAAAUACAAACCCCAUUACAUUUUCAUUGCACGUCAUCCAUGCAUUCAUUGUACCCAAAAUCCUGUUUUACAAUUAAUGGAUUUCACAACAAAUAUUUUCAUCAGUUAAGGUCUGUCUGUCUUCAAGCACAAUGUACUUUUGGUGUUCACAGGCAGCAUUAACAAGUACCUCCCCUACAUUAUAAUGGGAAGUAUGACGGUCGCCUCGUCUGCUUUGAACCUCUUCCUGCCAGAGACAUUCCGCAAAGAGCUACCAGAGACAGUGGCGCAGAUGCAGCAAUGCAAAGGGUAUGCCCUACUCUGAAAUACAGCAUUGGAAUGUUCAGUUCAAUUAAGAGUAUUUGUUAUGAUAUAACAAAUGUGAAUUUUAAAUCCAACUUUAAUAUCUUCACAGGUUGUGCAGACAAGUGCCAAGGAAUGCCAAUAUCCUGAAGAAAGGAGGAGAUACCCCAGCAAUAUUAAAUGAGGUCAAAUUCUAAUAGGAAACCCUGGAUUGCCCAAUCAACUCUCCUUAAUAUGACCCAACAAAACUCUGCAAAGCAGGAUACUCUCUAUGAUAUCCAAUGUAGACGUAAUGUGUGGGGCACCAGAUGCUGCAAUACAGGACUGCACCACAGUACAAGUUACCUAUUCUGAGGUGACAU